GGCCGCCGAGUGUAAACAAACCCGGCGGCGGUGCUUAAAAAAGUGAUGUAUACUGAAAAGAAAAGUGUGUAGAAGUGAAAAAGAAGAAAAGCGGAACGAAAGAAGGAGGACCUAAGAAGCGAUACAAAGCGGCACAGGUCAAAAGAAGAAGAAGAAGAAGAAGGGUGUUAAAGUCACUUGUCCUUAACUGGACCCUGUGAGUGGAAAAGGUUGGAGUUGGUGUAACAGCAGCAUGAUAUUGCUGGGCUGUGGAUCCUUUGCUAGACAAGCCUUGGGACAGGUGAAGCAUGGGGUGUCUCUCACCAGGCCACCAGGAAACUGUCCUUUCCUUCCUAUAAGAAAAGGAAAGUCUGGGGGCUUCAGGAACUUUACAGUGAGUCGCCAGGUUCAGGCGCCCAGGAACAAGCCAGUUUCUUCCGGGAGUACCUCUCUUCUUCUCAAAGUGUCCAUAGGCACAGGAUGUGCCCUCACUGUAAAGGCCCUGUUUACUCCAGUAUUCAGUGAGUGUAAGGCCCACAAGCUAGCCAAGGAGACUCAUGAUCGACUCCUUGGCGCUGAGGACAGUAAGGACGCAGUAGAUCCUCCCUUUGACUGGCAUGCUUUUUGGGAACUACUAAAGCCUCAGCUACAUUACCUCCUGGCUGCUAUUGUAAGUGCCUUUGUGGUCUCUCUGGCCAAUAUUCAAGUGCCAGUCCUGCUUGGGGAGGUGGUGAAUGUGGUGGCCAAGUUUACCAGGGAGAUGAGCACAGAGCGUAGGAUCUUCUCCCAGGAGGUAGCUGGUCCUGUGGUCAAACUAGUGAAGUACUAUUGCAUACAGGCCUUCUUCACCCUCUCCUACAUUGCCUUCCUGACCCGCAUGGGGGAGCGGAUGGCAGACGACCUUAGGAAGCAGCUGUUCUCAUCACUCCUAAAGCAGGACAUUUACUUUUAUGACCAACAUAAAACUGGUGAACUGGUCAAUAGACUGACUGCAGAUGUCCAGGACUUUAAAAGUUCCUUUAAACUUUGCAUAUCACAAGGAAUGCGCAGUGUUACUCAGAUCAUUGGGUGUGGAAUCUCCCUGUACAUGAUCUCACCCCAGAUGGCAACCCUCACGGGGGUGUUUGUGCCAGUGAUCAUUGGGGUCGGGACUGCUCUUGGCUCUUUACUACGCUCCCUCUCCCGUGAAGCUCAGCAUCAGGUUGCCCGUGCCACUGGAGUCGCUGAUGAAUGCUUGGGCAACAUGCGGACAGUUCGGGCCUUUGCCAUGGAGGACAUGGAGAUUAAACUAUUUAGUCAAGAAUUGGAUAAGUCAAGGCAGCUGAAUGAAGCCUUGGGAAUGGGCAUUGGUGUAUUCCAGGCUGGCUCAAAUUUGUUCUUGAACAGUAUAGUCAUGGGAAUUCUGUGGGGUGGAGGCCAACUCAUCGCUCAAGAUCAGUUGCAGCCAGGGGACCUCAUGUCCUUCCUAGUUGCUGCUCAGACAAUACAAAAGUCCCUGGCUCAGCUGGGCAUCAUGUUUGGUACAUAUGUCAGAGGCAUCAGUGCAGGGGCCAGAGUCUUUGAGUAUGUGAAGCUCCAGCCAACAAUACCUGUGAAGGGAGGGAAGGUUAUUCCUUACCAUACUCUGAUGGGCAACAUUGAAUUCAAAAAUGUGUCGUUCUCGUAUCCCACAAGGCCAGACCAGGAGGUGUUACGUGACUUCACUCUAAGCAUCCCAGCAGGCAGCAUUGUGGCCCUCGUUGGGGUGUCUGGUGGAGGAAAGUCUACUGUUGCUCAGCUGCUAGAGAGGUUCUAUGAUGUGAAUAAGGGGUCCGUAACCAUUGAUGGGGUGGACUUGCGUAGCCUUGACCCCACAUGGCUGCGUGGACAAGUCAUUGGAUUCAUCAACCAGGAGCCAGUGCUCUUUGCUACCUCAAUCAUGGAGAAUAUUCGCUAUGGCUUCCCAGAUGCAACAGACGCAGAGGUUAUUGAUGCAGCAAGGACAGCCAAUGCCCAUGAAUUCAUUAUGGGUUUUCCUAAUGGCUACAACACAGUGGUGGGGGAGCGGGGAGUAACAGUGUCUGGGGGUCAGAAACAACGCAUUGCCAUCGCACGUGCUCUCCUCAAAAACCCAAGAAUCCUGGUGCUGGAUGAGGCUACCAGCGCCUUGGAUGCAGAGUCUGAGGCAGUAGUGCAGGCUGCUCUUGAGAACUGCGUUGAGGGUCGGACAGUUCUUGUCAUUGCCCACCGCUUGUCCACAAUCCAGAAUGCCAAUGUCAUUGCUGUGAUGUCCCACGGGAAGUUAGCAGAGAUUGGCACACACGAGUCUCUGAAGAAACGUGGAGGGAUUUAUGCCGAGUUGAUCAGGCAACAACAGAAAGAAGAGAAGCCCACCAGAGCCACCUCUUGGGGUCUGUGAUAGAGUUUUGCUUUAGAAAGGUUGGUGAGAAUAUUUUCAUGAUGCUCAGGUUAUAUUUAUAUAUCUUCAGAGUUAUAUAGUAAUUAUGUAUCUGAUUUAUGAAUGAAUAAAUUAUUUGCAUUGGAAA